UCACUGUCUAAUUAAGCUAUAGUUGACCUGUUGUCAUUAUCACUGUCUAAUUAAGCUAUAGUUGACCUGUUGUCAUUAUCACUGUCUAAUUAAGCUAUAGUUGACCUGUUGUCAUUAUCACUGUCUAAUUAAGCUAUAGUUGACCUGUUGUCAUUAUCACUGUCUAAUUAAGCCAUAGUUGACCUUUAGUUGACCUGUUGUCAUUAUCACUGUCUAAUUAAGCUAUAGUUGACCUGUUGUCAUUAUCACUGUCUAAUUAAGCCAUAGUUGACCUUUAGUUGACCUGUUGUCAGUAUCAUUGUCCAAUUAAGCUAUAGUUGACCUGUUGUCAGUAUCACUGUCUAAUUAAGCCAUAGUUGACCUUUAGUUGACCUCUAUGUGCCUCUUGGCCUUCCUCCGAGCAUUUUAGACAUCACGGACUUAUUCCCACGCACCUGCUACAAGCAGACUCCGAUGUGUGGGUGCUUUUCCUAUGAAGAAUGACGCAUUAUGAAACCCAGAGCCUAUAGGGACCCAGAGCUCAGAGUUGUGCUGUGACUGGAGUGUGUUGGAGUGUGGCUGUGUUAAUUCUCUCAUCUUUGAGUCGAAAAGAGGCAGGACUUGCAACUCUUUAGACUCAAGAGCACUGUGCUAGAAAACAGUGGUGACCUAAUCACUUACUGUACAUUGUUUCCACUUUCACUUGAGUAGACAAGAGGACAAAGUACAGACACAGAGAUCCUCAACAAAGGGGGGCUAUAUUUAGGGCAUUUUCUGGAAUGUAAUUCUCAUCGAAUAAAAAGUCCAAUUUAAACAUUUUCAAGGUAACACUUGUAAAUUCAUUAAUCUUCUAUUACAGUAUUAUUAUUAUAGGCUAUAUUAUAUUCUAAACAAUUUAUUAAACAAGCUCUUAACCAUAUGAAUGAGUCAACAGGAGGCUAUGUAUGAAACUGCCUUAAACUUCAACAACAGUAUUACCUGUCCUUGCAUCAUACAGUAGAGUUUCAUUAAAAUGAGAAGCCUACCCUAGACAUAUCAUCGUCAUUAGAAGACGAGGCAAUUCCAUUGUCAUUAACGAUCCCAUCAAUUCCAUGAAGUUGACAUUUACAGUGAUGGGGUAAGGGGGUUGGUUACAGCUGAUCUCUACCCUGCGCGGUGCAUGUAGGCUAGGACGAGUAUGAGCCCGCCUGCCUGCGCUAAGCUUGUAGAUCAGAUCUGUGGUUUUAGGGUUUUCGCAUUGUAUUGGUAGGAGGAGCCGCUUUCCUGCGAUUGUCUGUCUCUCUCUUUCUCUCUCUUUCCCUCUCUCUCUCUCUCUCUCUCUCUCUCUCUCUCUCUCUCUCUCUCUCUCUCUCUCUCUGUAUCUCUCUCUCUCUCUCUCUCUCUCUCUCUCUCUCUCUCUCUCUCUCUCUCUGUCUCUCUCUCUCUCUCUCUCUGUAUCUCUCUCUCUCUCUCUCUCUCUCUCUCUCUCUCUGUAUCUCUCUCUCUCUCUCUCUAUCUCUCUCUCUCUCUCUCUCUCUCUCUCUCUCUCUCUCUCUCUCUCUCUCUCUCUCUCUCUCUCUCUCUCUCUCUCUCUCUCUGUAUCUCUCUCUCUGUAUCUCUCUCUCUCUGUAUCUCUCUCUCUCUCUCUCUCUCUCUCUCUCUCUCUCUCUCUCGUUUUUCUAAAGUUAAAUAUACAAGCCUGUGAGCUUUCACGGACGGUGCGCAGUCAGGGAGGUUCGCAGUUGCUUGCGUCGAGAGCGAGCGGGAACAGAACUGAACGGAGCGACGCUGUUUGUCACAUUACCGGGGCUCUUCCACUUCUGUUCGAUCCAAGUGUUUCUUAACUUCGUUUUCGACUGUUUCAAGAUGACAGAAGAAAAUAAUGUCGGGCAUAUAAAGCUGGUGACUGACCAGCUUCCGUGGGAUUUGAUGUCGCCUCUAGAUUGGUUCUGCUGAAGAUGGAAACACUGGAGUCUGAGCUCACCUGCCCAAUCUGCCUGGAGCUGUUUGAAGAUCCUCUUCUCUUACCCUGCGCCCACAGCCUGUGUUUCAACUGCGCCCACCGCAUCCUAGUCUCCCACUGCUCGUCCAACAAACCUCUAGAGUCCAUCUCCGCCUUCCAGUGCCCCACCUGCCGUUACGUCAUCACGCUGAACCACCGCGGCCUGGAGGGCCUGAAGCGCAAUGUGACCCUGCAGAACAUCAUCCACCGUUUCCAGAAGGCCUCCGUCAGCGGCCCUAACUCCCCCAGUGAGAGCCGUCGUGCCCCAGGUCUCUCCGGAGGCCACAGGCCCUAUAGCAGCAGCGGAGGAGGAAGCUCCGGCAGCCACAGCGCCCGCUCCAGCCCGGCCCAGCCCUCCUCUCAUCAGCACACCGCCACCAUGUCUCUGGAGCACCGUAUCAGCUGCCAGUUCUGUGAGCAGGACCCGCCGCGCGAGGCAGUCAAGACGUGCGUGACCUGCGAGGUGUCGUACUGUGACAGGUGCCUACGUGCCACGCACCCCAAUAAGAAGCCGUUUACCAGUCACCGGUUGGUGGAGCCGGUGCAUGACGCCCACAUGAGAGGCCUCACCUGUCUGGAGCAUGAGAAUGAGAAGGUUAAUAUGUACUGCAUCGUGGAUGACCAGCUGAUAUGUGCCCUGUGUAAGCUGGUGGGACGACACAGAGAACACCAAGUCUCCUCUCUUAGCGAACGCUUCGACAAACUCAAGGCUUUUCAAGUGAGUCCUGGCAGAGUAUCUGACGCAGUAAUGGAGGCAUCAAAGACAGGCGCCGUGCAAACCCUGGAGAACAACCUCACCAACCUGGUGAAGAGAAACAGUGAGCUGGAGAACCAGAUGGCUAAACUCAUCCAGAUCUGUCAACAGGUUGAGGUGAACACAGCGAUGCAUGAGGCCAAGCUAGUGGAAGAGUGUGAUGAGCUUGUAGAGAUUAUACGCCAGAGGAAACAGAUCAUCGCUGUCAAGAUCAAGGAGUCCAAGGUGAUGAAGCUGCGUAAACUGGCCCAGCAGAUGGCUAACUGCAGACAGUGUCUGGAACGUUCCAGAGCCCUCAUCACUCAGGCAGAACACAGCCUGAAGGAGAACGACCACGCUCGCUUCCUACAGACCGCCAGGAACGUGGCUGAGAGGGUUGCCAUGGCCACGGCCUCCUCCCAGGUGCUGAUACCAGAUGUGAACCUGAACGAAGCCUUUGAUAACUUUGCCCUGGACUUUUCCAGAGAGAAGAAGAUCCUAGAGGGACUGGACUACCUGACAGCUCCCAGUCCUCCCUCCAUACGUGAUGAGCUGUGUACUGCCUCCCACGACACCAUCACAGUUCACUGGACGUCUGAGGACGAGUUCAGCGUCACCUCCUACGAACUGCAGUACACCAUCUACACCGGACAGACCAACUUCAUCAGUCUGUAUAACAGUGUGGACAGUUGGAUGAUUGUCCCCAACAUCAAGAACCACUAAGUAAGUCCCCUGCAGAGUGGAACUUAUGUCUUCUUUGUCAAGGCCAUCAACCAGGCAGGCAGUCCCCAGUCCUCUUGUCCAGCCCGCCUCAAAACCAACAGUCAGCCUUUUAAGCUUGACCCGAAGACGGCCCACAAGAAGCUGCGUCUGUCCAACGACUGCCUGACCAUGGAGAAAGAUGAGAGCUCCCUGAAGAAGAGCCACACUCCAGAACGUUUCAGCAGCACGGGUUCGUACGGAGCAGCGGGAUCCGUCUUCAUGGACAGCGGCUGUCAUUACUGGGAGGUGCUGCUGGGCGCCUCCACCUGGUACGCUGUGGGCGUGGCUUACAAGUCAGCCCCUAAGAACGAGUGGAGUGGUAAGAACUCCUCCUCCUGGGUGUUUUCUCGCUGUAACAACAACUUCAUGGUGCGUCACAAUGGCAAGGAGAUGCUGGUGGAGGCCAGCCACCAGCUCAGACGUCUGGGAGUCCUUCUGGACUACGACAACAACUCCCUGUCCUUCUACGACGCCAUGAACUCCCAACAUCUGCACACCUUCGAGGUCAGCUUCCUGCUCCCCGUGGCGCCCACCUUCAUGAUCUGGAACAAGUCGGUGAUGAUCCUGUCGGGGCUUCCUGUGCCGGACUUUGUGGACUGCCCUGAGGAACACCAGGAGGGGAUGACGACCCUGUGUCGCCAGCAGGAGUCACCCUACGUGUCGGGUAUGAAGGGCUGUCACUGAGACCGGGACUGGGGGCUGCGACUCGGCCUGUUGUCACAGAGACGGCUGAGAUUGGGGUCGUUGUCACGGAGACCGAUGAGGGCUUGGACUGGACUCACAGGACUGGGCUGGGUUUGACUCACUUACUUCCUGGGUUUGUGGGCCAACGGGGUAGAAUCUUCCUCAUCCUCUGCUUCCUCCUUCCUCAUUUUCCCCAGCUCUCCUUUCUCGUCGUGGAUGGUUUCAGUUACAAUGCCUACUACUUGUCUCAGUGUGAGGAUGUGUUUUGUUGUUUAUGAUAUUUACAAAUCAUCACAGAAGCUUGACCUGCAUUAUGUGACUACUAGUCUUGUAUUAUAAGAAACUUUAUUAAUCAUGAUUGAUUAGAGAAUGUUAAUUAUUCAUGAAUAAUAAGUUGCUUUUUAGAGUUACAUUUAUUUCCCUAGUGUGUAAAAAAAAAAAAAAAGACAGAAAAUGAAUUUGGGCAGCAUUGUUCUUCCUCUAGAAAGCAUAGUGAAUUUAUAUUGUAUAGAAAACGGAUAUGAUUAUGAUGUUUAUGCGACUCUAAACACAGUAAAAAUUGACAAAACUGACAGAGAAAAAAAGUUCACAAAGUUGAAUAUUCAGGGAGGAAACGGUUAAAACCAUUUGAUUUACUAUCGGUUUUGAUGUUAUAGCAUGAUAUGUAUUUCCUAUGUGAUUGGUUCACACCUCAUGUUUUAUUUGGUUUGGUUCUGUCGAAAAGCAUGCUGCGUUAUGGGAUCCCACUUUAAACCUCUGGUUCACAGGUUAUUCUAUAUAAACUCUUAUCUCCUUAACCUUUUACUGGUUCAUUUCCUGGUUAUCAUGAGGCACUCCGUGACCCCUGACCAAUAGAAUCCCUCACUGUCACCACGGAGCUCCACCACCUCCCCCUCACGUCCAAUCACUGGUCGAGGUUUACCUUUACUACAGAGAGGUGUGUUCUUAUAGUUUGUUCCUUUGUAUAAAGUCCCAAGACAAUGAAGACCUGUUAUUUUCUUAUAGAAAUCAUCUGAUUUUCAGUCACAGAAAAUGACAUAUUAACCAGAUAUGAAGAAGAGAAGACCAUUCAAAUCAAAUCUAUGUUACGCGUUACAUAAUCCUAUAUUUAUUUGGGCCUGCUUUUUAUGAGUUGGUGGUGUAGAUUAUAAAUAUGAAUUUCCUCUGAUUGAUAUUCAGGGAUUGAAUACAUAGUGGGUCUGAUCAAGACAAUCAAUAGCAUAUUGUUAUGCAGGCAGGUGAAACAUAACCAGGAAUGUGUACCAGGAAAAGGGAUGAACUUGGCAGAACGAAAUAAUUGACAUACUAACUGUUACUUACCGAAAACAAAACGGAUGCUUUAUUUUUUACAGUGAAUUAAACUUAGUAGUGAAGAUAUUGGGAACGGACAGACUCGUACUACUGGUAAUGCCACCGUCCUGAUGGCUGUGGUUCCAUCUCACUCCACUCAUCCGUGGAUUUACACUGUGUACCCAAAUGGCACCCAUCUUUUGAAAGUCGAAAAUAAUGCUCUAUGUGGGGAAUAGAGUACCAUUCAAUCCAACGUUAGUUUUCCAUUUCCUGUUUCCUGUUGCUUUUGUUUGUUUUUAAGUUCCUGUUUUUAAUUGAAAGCACAAACUACCCAAUCUGGCAGAUUUCUACUUGGCAGAGUGAGAGUUGGAGAUAUAUGAAUGGAUCUGUAUCUCUAACUGCCGGUGAGCCAGGAGUACCGUUAUAGACCUAAGACGACAACGAUUCAGUCACAUGACCAGGGUCUUCUGUUUUAAAGAGCUAGCUGAAUACUGGACACAAGAGGUCAGAGGUCUUUUAGGUAACAGUGCUUUGAUUAUAACAGGUGGGAAACACUUCACUGUAGACACCUUGUAUGUAUGCAUUCAUAAAGCCUUUAUAACAGCUACAUAAGACAUAACAUCGGUUUUAUGGCGCUAUUAAAGGCGAUACGAGAGGUCACAAAGCUGGAUAAAGAGGUUGUUCUUUUUUCUUUAGUCGAGCAGCAGAUUUUGUGAAUGUUAACAUUUUUUGAAUUCUCAGAAAGCUGAUCAAGGUGAAGUAAACAAGAGGUGGAAGGAAGCUGGCUAUUGAUUUCUGAGCUACAACUGACAAGCUCAAUUCAAUUGUACAAGAAGUGCAUUUGACUUGGGGGUUUACCUACCGCAUGCAUGAUAACGUGUCUCUGAUCUACUUGGUCCAUACAGUCUGUGUAUCUCAUGGACGUUUUAUAGAAACAGAUUAAUAACAAAAUGUCUAUUUGAAAUAUACAACUUUAUUGAGACAUCUGUGUUCAUGCAUAUCAUUCAGGUAGUUUUGCUGUGCUUUGUGCUACUACUACCGGAUCAAUAAACAUACUGAGAAUAAUUCACUAUCUUUGUAGUUCAGUAAGUAUACAGAACCUUCUAGACAUGAUGGAAUAGAUCAUUAUUUUGCAUUUCUGUUGUGUUUCGGAAGGAAUUAUUUUUUACAAAGUGUAGAAAAAUCUCUCUUUACUUCUCCCCAUUGAUAUGUGGAUCAAACAACAACUGUGUUCAGCACAACAACAUCAACGUAGCGCUUCUGUUUCAAUCGAUAUCUGACUUGUAGAAAGACAAUUAUGUACAUCAUCGGGGGAUAUAUAUUAUAUAAAAUUGUAUAAUAUACAAAAAAUAUAUGAAGUAAUGUUAUUUAUGUGAACUUAAAAGUCCAAUUAAAAGUCUGAUCAAAAAAAAA